AUGCAUGGUACUUAUGAUCAUGAAGAUUAUUCAACUCUUGAUAUCUGUGAGAGUCCUUCGUUCUCCAUAUACAUGUUUAGCUUGAACUUGGACAACAAGAGUGAAGUAGACGAUGAUUUUGUCUUCGAUAUAGACCCAACAUGGCUAGUGGAUACCCGAAAACUAAUAGUUGGCGAACUGAUUGCAGAAGGGUCACGUGCCAUUGUCUACAAAGGAUGGUAUGAGUUGAAUCCUGUAUCUAUAAAGGUUUUGCUUCCAAUGCGAACAUCCGAUGCCACUUCUGAAUGUAAGGCAAGAUUUCAGCGGGAGGUGAACUUGUUAUCUAAGAUUAAACAUAAAAAUAUUAUAAAGUUUAUUGGCGCCUCGGUGGAACCAUCAAUGAUGAUAAUUACAGAACGCGUGGAAGGUUGUUCACUUAUGAGAUACCUAGAGAGCAUUUCUCCAAGUACUCUAAGUUUAGAGCAAUGCAUAAGUUUUGCUUUGGAUAUUUCUAGAGUCAUGGAGUAUUUGCAUGCAAAUGGCAUUAUUCACCGCGACCUGAAGCUUGGUAAUAUGUUUCUUGCCAAAGACAACAUGGAAAUUUUACUUACAAAUUUUGACAUAGCUAGAGAGGUGAUAAGUGGUGAAAUGACAUCUGAAGCCGGUACAUAUCGAUAUAUGGCUCCUGAGUUAUUCAGCAAAGAUCCACUUCUAAAGGGAGCAAAGAAAUGCUAUGAUCACAAGGCAGACGUCUACAGCUUCGCAAUGGCUCUAUGGGCGUUAAUAAAAAACCAAACUCCAUUUAAAGGAAGGAGUCAAUUGAUUGCAGCAUAUGCUACUGUAUUAAACAUGAGGCCUAGUGUGGAAGAGUUUCCAAAAGAUCUACUUCCCCUAUUGCAGUCAUGUUGGGAAGAAGAUCCAAAUCUCAGACCAGAAUUCUCAGAGAUCACCCAAACCCUUGCAGAAUUUCUCCACAACUGCCUAGGGAUAACACCUGAGGAACAAGAGUGUCCAACUACAAGUGUGCAGGAACCUAUCCCUUAUUGUGCAGAAGACAACUCCAAACAUGUGCAUGAGGCACAGAGUCAGAAUACCAAUGUCUCCACAAUGGGACAAUAUCAGAGCAUAUCACAAACCCCUAGUCCAAAUAUGAGUUCCAAGACAACUGCUUUCGAUCUAUUAAGCAAGGUUAAUGUCCCACUUCUCCACCCUGACAAUGAGAUUGUAGAUUUAACGGAGGCUGAUUCACCACCACCCGAAGAACAACUUCUACAAUUGCCUUUUCCAACAGAUCAUAUGCCAAGACAUCAUGUUCCUUGGUUUCACACUAUAACAAAAUCUGCAGCAACUGGAAGACAACCUUUGUAUUUUCCGGUCAAAUACUUUGAUGUUUGGGGCAAAGACAAAUACAAUUUUUGUGUCUUAAUCAACAAAGAUGGAGAGAUGGUUCAAGCUGACAUUAAAAAACCAUCAACACAGCGAAACAAAAGGGAGUUUUAUGUUGGGAAGGAAUAG